UAUUAUUCAGUAUUUAGAACUGUAAUAAUGUCGUCGGUUUAUGCAGAAGAGUUCCGUGAAAUGCAGCGUACGGAUAAUAUUACAACUGACAGUAUUUCACCAAAAUCGUGCAAUUACAUUAUUAAUAAUAACUAUCCAGUUUCUGUUUGUGAUGAAAGUGAUUAUUAUAAUCAACAUAGUAUCAAAGAAGAUUUAACAAGUUCCAGUGAAUCUCUGUCACCACAGUCUUUCAAUUACGUUAAUAACAAUUAUACUGUUAUUAAUAAUAACUAUACAGAUUCUGUAGGUACUCAGAGUGAUUAUUAUAGUCAAUUACUCAAAGAAGAUCAAACAAGCUCCAGUGAUACUAUGUCUCCACCAGUGAAUGGUUGCGAUUUUGAUCAAAAUUACUUCAACCAUAUGUCUAACAACAAUAGUAAUUACAGUGAAGAAUAUCAACUUCUCAGUGAUUCAAAGGAUUAUCAAUUUCCUGGAUACACAAUCGAGAAUCGUUUGCCAAUGGAAUUUUCCAAAUGGUCCGACAAAGACGACAACAAUCUUUCUAAUAACCAUGUGAAUCAGUUUGCUUCGAAUCCUAAACAUAACAUUCAAAUUCCAUUUGAAGUUGUACCUUCCAACAGAGAGACAACUGCAAUAGUAUAUCCUAAAGACUGCGAAAAACCUCGAAGCCCAAAGAUUGCAUCAAAUGCGAGAAACGCGAAAAGACUGCGUACUGCUUAUACUUCACAUCAACUUGUAACAUUGGAAAAACAAUUCAUGUGUAAUAAAUAUCUUUGUCGUUCAAACAGGAUUCAGCUAGCAGAAAGCCUCAGCCUUAGCGAAAGACAGAUAAAAAUCUGGUUUCAAAACCGACGGAUGAAAGACAAGAAGGAACAAAAAUACAAAGGUAAUUCAUCAAUCGUCAGAAACUCACCUACAAGCACUACAAAUGAUUCAAGUUCUAAUGAAUUGGUAACAAGUACGGAACGGGCUGUCACACCAGAUAGGUUUAUGAGCUUUUCUGAGCAAAGUCAAUAUGUACCUCAAAUGUUUCCAAGUUACAGUACACCUCAAUAUACUCAACAGUGGUAUCAGAAUAAAUCAACUUAUUCCAACCAAUAUGAAGUGAUUCGUGGUGACAGUUUAAGCAACGUAGGAAGUAGUCACAACGAUAUGAACUAUUACGUAGCUGGGGGCUACCAAUCAUGCUCAGAUGAAUCACAACCUUCGUAUCAUCUCCUAUAAUUUGAAUAUGAUGGGUAAUAUAGUGAAAAUCAUAAAUUUUAUACUAGAAGUGACGAUAUCUCGGAAUAUUUAUUUAUUUAUAAAUUAAGCAAAGCUGAGAAAUGUUUUUUUAAUGAAAGAGUGAAUGAAAGAAAAACAUAAACGUGAAUAUGUACAGUUGAGAUAGUAUAUGAAGUUUAAUAUCUAAAUCAUAACAAAUAUUUUACGAAAAUAUAAUUAGAUCAUAUUUUGAUUGAAAUUGACUGACGUAUUAAAACAUUGUUUACGCUUUUUGCUAUUGAUUAUAGAAAAUUGCAUUAAUGUGCAUAUUUUUGAUUCGUUAAUUUGAAAUAUGUACGAUUACAUAUUUCCAAACAUGAUCAAAAAUUGAUAGAUCACAACAAAAUAUUAAUUUGACGAUUCUACUCGUUUAAUUUAAUAAUUUGUUGUUUCUUUAUACUUUUAUUUAUACAAAAUUCUGUAAGAUAUUCAAUAUAGAAUUUCUUUGAUUCAAUACUUUAGCCUGUACAUUAAAAAUGUAUAUUUCUCAAGAAUUCUCCAUAUUUCUAUAACAAAUCUUUUAGUAAUAUUCAUACAAAAUUGUCAAUUGAGUUAUUGGAAUUUUCACAAUUGGAUGAUUUGAGAAACUUAAAUAGAAAUUUGUAGUGAUUUAGAAGACCAUAGAAUUAUUUAAAACAAAGGGUAAAGAAUUUCAUUUUCUUUGAUUAAAAUUAAAGAAUUGCUUUUAAAAAAGUAAAUAAUUUUAAAAAUAUUACUCAAUUACUUGAGUUCUCUACCCUAUUUGUUGUUCUUAAUAUUUAUAUUUAAUUUCAGAAAAAUACUAUUAUUUACUCAUUGUAUAUUUAAGCACUAAUAAAUAUUUUUAUAGGAUA